CUGCGUAAAAAAAUUCCAAUAAUAUUAUUUAAGCCUAGUUUUGGUAAACUGAAGCUGCCCGAGCAAAACAGUUCCAGCGCUGAGCCAGAAAAUUCCUGCGAAAGGCUGUCGUGGCAAGUGUUACCCGCACACAUACACAUCAUCCAGAUCCAGCCAAUCCCCCCGUGGAGUGGAGUGAAUUUUCAUUGACGACUGGGGGCGAAAAAGCUCUGGCGGAAGAGCGAAAGUGAGAGAGAGGCGGCACUGAGAGCGCAACCCUCUAGAACAAAAACAACGAAACAGAGUUCAGCUGCACCACCACCCACCACCUACACCUACACCACCACCACCAACGCCACCACCGCCCACUGACCAUCCCACAUCCCGACCUGCGGCAGUGGAAGACAGUGAAAGAGGCCAAGUGCAUAGUGCAUAGUGCAUAGAGUACCUUCAUCCUAAUCAUCGCCAGACGAAUUCGUUGAGGCCACCAGAGCACCACCAGCCAACCACAGAAGCAACCACACAGCCACCAGAGCCAUGGCGGACGCUGCACCAGCUGGCGAUGCACCACCAAACGCCGGAGCCCCGGUCGGAGAGGGCGGCGAUGGCGAGAUUGUGGGCGGACCACACAAUCCGCAGCAGAUUGCGGCACAGAAGCGUCUGCAGCAGACGCAGGCGCAGGUCGAUGAGGUCGUGGACAUCAUGCGCACGAACGUGGAGAAGGUGCUGGAGCGCGACAGCAAGCUGUCGGAGCUGGACGACCGUGCCGAUGCCUUGCAGCAGGGCGCCUCGCAGUUCGAGCAGCAGGCGGGCAAGCUCAAGAGAAAAUUCUGGCUCCAGAACUUGAAGAUGAUGAUCAUCAUGGGCGUGAUUGGUCUGGUUGUCGUGGGCAUUAUUGCAAAUAAACUUGGCCUCAUAGGCGGGGAGCAGCCACCACAGUACCAGUACCCCCCACAGUACAUGCAGCCACCGCCGCCGCCUCCGCAGCAGCCAGCCGGAGGACAGUCAUCGCUGGUGGAUGGGGCCGGAGCAGGAGCAGGAGUAGGAGACGGAGCAGGAGGAUCGGCAGGAGCUGGCGACCAUGGCGGCGUGUAAGCGAUCUCGCUGCAAGGACGAACGUUUCUCGAUUAGUGGGCUCCAGCAGCGGGCGAAAGCAAAGCAGAGAAGACAAAAAGAAACAAAGAAGACAAAAGAACAAAAAACCAAGAAAGGAAAACUCAGUUAAACUAGAAAAUCUCGAGAAUUGCAAUGAACUCAAUAAUAAUUUCCACUUAGACGAUGUGCACGAGUUGGUGUGAGAGGUUUUAAGUAACUUACGUCAUAAUAUUAAUACUAAAUCUAAUGAAGACGCUCCGGACAAAUUGAAGUUGUUGCUAAUUUGUUUAUGGUUACAUUAUUUCAUGCAUAAAACGGUAUAUAUAAUUAUAAAUAUAAAUACAAAUACAAAUACCAAAAUAUAUGGAACUUGAAUAUUACGAGUGACUCCAACCACGUACUACCCUAUACGGAACUUGCAUCUCUGCGCUGCACUGGCAACAAGGAGCGCCAGUGGAAGCAGGAGGACAGGCGGUCGCUUUCCGAUGUUCGCAGCUCUUUGAACUCAGUUUCCUUAGCAAAAAUCGACUAGACAAAACUAACAGAAUCAUAACUAUUUCGGAACAGACGCAAAACCAAUGAAAUCUAAGCUUUGUUCCUAAGUAAAGUUACGCAAAUAUGAUAUUCGAAAUGUAUAAUCCAAAAAGAUGUUUGAAUCGACGGGCCGCAUAAGAAAACGCAGUUAAAUGUAUUCAAGGAACUUUACUUAUACAAACACAGCAAGUGUAGUCUGUAGGCUGAAAAACAAACAAGAGGCCAGCAGUGAAAGCUAAUAAACCUAAAGUCUAGUGAAAAUAUACAAGCGAUUCAUUUGCUGCGUUCUGUUUACGUGCAAUCAUUACUGUUGUGUUUGAGAAUAGCUCGAAUGGUUCGAUUGAAAGCGGAAUCCAGACAGUUCAACGAUUAAAUUAAGCGCUAGACACACAAUACGUUGGUUAUCCAAAGGAUUUAGUUAGCUCGACGAGGCAUGUAUGUUUGUAUAUUUCAGUGUUACGAGUAAUAGACGAGGCGGUACUUAGAGCAUAUAUAUGUACGUGUAUGUAACGAUAUGAUAUCUAGAUCUCACACACUCCACACUCCACCCGAACCCAUUAACCCCAUCAUAACCGAUAACCGAUCAGGAUCAGAUUCAGAAUCAGAAUCAGAGAGCCACAGCUCUCAGCACAUAUUGUACUCAACUUGUUCUGAAGAUGCAGCCUAUACUACGAUUAAUGUAUUAACUAAUUGAUUCUACAAGCGCCUGCCCAAAGUGCUUUGCCUACCAACCCAUUGGGGCACGAACAAAAUCGAAAUUAAUUAGAGAAAAACCAAAGAUUAAAGGGGAAAACGAAAUCCAAAUCCGAAUGCAGGUAUUUUUAGCAAUAUUCGUAGCGUGUACAAUAUGUCGCCCUUAAAGCUUAUUAGAAUCAAUCUCGUUCAAUGUCCAUCUCAACUCACCCAGGCACUUCACAUGCAUAUAACCAUUAACAGAUAUAAAUCAAUAUAUGUAUGUAAUAACCAAUGACAAAUGUUUAGAAGAGUUUCGAUUUUUGUUUGGAUUUUAAGAAGACCCAAAAAACAAAACAAUUGUAUACACAGAAACACCCAUGAAGCCCCUGAGUACGGAGCGCCCACUGGAGUUGCCGGCAUCGCGUUGCGAUUUCCCGGAGUCCUUUGGGCGGCGGAGCAAGUAAUUCCCGUCUAGCAAGACGGACACACAAAACAAAGAAAAACUCUAUAAGAAUCCCCGAAAGCAACAGACGGCUAAUGAGAGUAUAUAUAUAUGAACCGUAUAUAAACAAUAAUAUUACUAAUUAAUUUAAUGAUUAAUUGCACCCCGA